CAAAAAAGGGGAUUUAAAAAAUAAAAAAUUCCUCACAAAAUUCAAAAAUCAGCGCCAAAUGUACGCCCAAACCGACUUGCCCAAACCAACCUGAAAAACCCAGAAGCUAACGGCUAUAAAACUAAUACGCGGAGUCUCUGUCUGUCUCACCCGCCCUUAUUUCUUCCUUCUUCUCCAGCGAUCUCAAAUCUCUCCUCUCUCUCUCUCUCUCGCUCAACGAAUUUCAAGUUUCAAAUUUUCAAACCUCUGGUCGUCUGAUCUCAAAUCUCUAAUCGAUCAAUGGAGUUUCAGCGUUCAUCGUUCUCGUUCCGAUCUUCCGACUACUGGGUCCAUGUGACGCUUCAGGGUUUCCAAUCUCCGGCGGACUCUAAGUCCCAAUUUGUCGGCGAGCUUUCUCUCCGUCAGGACCAAAUUUUUCAGAAACGCUUCCACGCCUUUAUUCUCGAUGAAUUUCCACUGGGUCCUGAUCGCUACGCUACGCUCCGUUUCGCUCCCCGCCAACUCCCACUCCCCGAGUUGCGCGCUCACUUACGAUCUCUCUCCUCUUCCCUCAACCUUGAUCCUACCAUCUACGAAGCAUUAGCCCCCCGGAUCAAAUCCAUGGCCCGGAAAUUGGCAAACCCUAAUGGCUCCAUGGGCUUUGUUAUGGUGGCUACGGUUAAAAUCCUGACCAUUGAAUAUGUCGACCAACUGUUUGAUGAUAUGUCCGACUCAAUGGCUUUGCUUUCGAUUGGUAGUAGUGAUGGCGGUUCAACUUCGUCGUCAAUUUCAUUGGACUACGUGGUUGAGAAAUUGGGGGCAGAGAGAUAUUUCGAAAGGGGUGACGGCGACCUGGGUUCUUGCAGUGUAUGUUUGGAGGAAUUGUCUGGUGGGACCGCGAGUGAGCUCAUUCGGAUGCCGUGCUCUCAUGUUUAUCACCCAUCUUGCAUCCUUCGCUGGUUCAACAUGGAUAAGAAGACGUGUCCCAACUGCCGAUAUAUACUCCAUAGAUCUUCCAGUAGAAAAAGAGCAUGAUGGUAUGGCGAGUUCUGGUUCUAAAGAAGCAAGGGACUGAAAAGACGAGUUUUCAAAGGUAACGUAUGUUGGAAUAGCAUCUUCAAUACCUUUAUGUUCUCACGCAUGAAUUAUCUGCUUUUGGGGAGCAUAUUAACUGCAAUUUCCCGUUUUUCUUUGGAGGAAGGGGGUGUUAUGGGUGGCUAUUCUGUUCAUCUUUUGUUUGGUUUUGGGAUAGUAUGGUCAUCGUACUGAAAUUUAAGGUAAUAUUACUGUUUCCAGUCGCUGACAGUAUGUUCAUCUUGCUCUUGCACUUUCUGAUCGCUUUCUACGUAAUGGAGCUUCAGAUCAAUUACUUCAGCUAAUCAUAGAAUGCAGGGAAAAAAAUCUGGCAAGUCUGGACACUCUCGGGGUGGUAGGGAAAUUAAUAUCUGGAGUAAUGGUUGACAAUAUUGCAUAUAUGGUAACUGGAUGCUGCGUUGCCAACUACCUCACAAUGUGCAGCUGCUAACUGCCUCAAAGUGAUUCCAUUAGGAAGGAGAGAUCUUCCAGUAGAAAAAGAGCAUGAUGGUAUGGCGAGUUCUGGUUCUAAAGAAGCAAGGGACUGACAAGACGAGUUUUCGAAGGUAACGUAUGUUGGAAUAGCAUCUUCAAUACCUUUAUGUUCUCAUGCAUGAAUUAUCUGCUUUUGUGGAGCAUAUUAACAGCAAUUUCCCUUUUUUUCUUUGGAGGGAGGGGGUGUUAUGGGUGACUAUUCUGUUCAUCUUUUGUUUGGUUUUGGGAUAGUAUGGUCAUCGUACUGAAAUUUAAGGAAAUAUUACUGUUUCCAGUCGCUGACAGUAUGUUCAUCUUGCUCUUGCACUUUCUGAUCGCUUCUACGUAAUGGAGCUUUGGAUCAAUUACUUCAGCUAAUCGUAGAAUGCAGCGAAAAAAAAUCUGGCAAGUCUCUGGACACUCUCGGGGUGGUAGGGAAAUUAAUAUCUGGAGUAAUGGUUGACAGUAUUGCAUAUAUGGUAACUGGAUGCUGCGUUGCCAACUACCUCACAAUGUGCAGCUGCUAACUGACUCAAAGUGAUUCCAUUAGGAAGGAGCUUUAGCCAAUGCGGCUGAAAGAAGUUGUUCAAACUGAUCUAACAACAAAAUUCGAACUCCGAUGCCAAUGAGCUGAAGGGAACAUCAACAUUAGCUUUGGAACACAGGAGAUUGGACAAAAGUCACAAGUUUAUAACUCUACGAGACAUAUUUACAACGAUGUGUACAACUCUAUUUACACUAUUCAACACUUUCAGACUUCCUCAACUGACACUUUAGGGCUCUUUUUGUUUUUGUUUUUUUUUUUUUUUCAUGUGUAUGCUUCUCUGUUACAACCCACGCGCUCUUUCACUUGUACCCUGUGUGUGAGGUUGGGUUACAUAACCCACUUUAUUUUGGACUCAUACCUAUCAUAAUCUAUCUUGUUCGAGACACAUU